GAUACUAGAACGAAAAUGAGUAAAUGAAAAGAGAAAAAGAAGGGAGCGGUUUCUACGUCAAAAGCUAAACAUCUUUUCAUUCUUUCUUUCUUUGUUUGUAGCACAGCUGCGCUACAGUCUCUUGUUUGGAUGCUAAGAAAGAAAGCAAAGUAAAAAUGAAAAUAAUGGCUUAUGCUUUCCACUGCUGACACUCACCUACUUUGUAAGUCUUUUGUUCUUUGGUCUUUUUUUCUGAAACUUUGGUCAAAUAUUUAUGUGUUUUUGUCUUGUAAGUUAUUACCAACUUGGGAACCCAGUUUGCAUGUUGGAGUUGGGUGUCUGAAAACAGGUUUAGAUGAUCAUAUGAAGAGCUGUUGUUAUGAGUUAUGACGACUGUGUAUAAGGUUUUUCUGGGGAAUCGAGUGUUUGGCUCUUUCUGUGGUAAACGGGCCAAAUACUGAAGUACUUGAAUAUAUAUAAAGAGCUCCGCAGUUUCUUCAUCAUCGAAUGCAAAGCAACAAAAUAUAAGUGAAAUUCUUGAGUAAUUUGGAGUUGAGAGUUUUAGCUUGUAAGCUGUCAGCUGUGAAUAUAGACAAUGGAUGACUAUCUUGAUCAGUUUUUCUCCUCCUCAUCAUUGUCAGAUGUGAAUGUUAAGGAAAGAUCAUCUUGGGUUCAAUGCGAAUCUGAUCAGUCAAAUGCACUGUUGCCUAGUUCACUUGGAGUAUAUCGAGAUGAUAAAAAUAGUUCUUCUGUAAGCAUGAUUAGCUCGAACCACAGCCUGGAGUGUUUAGCUGCACAUAAUACUCCCUCUCUAGUUCCUAGUGGAGAGUCAGGAUGUGGUGUUGAACAUGGUUUGAUGUCUGGAGAAGGUGGACCACAAAUGGUUGGCGAAAAUUGCAGCGGUAACUCCUCAAAAGAGAUGCUGAAUGGAAGCUUAGGAUUUGGAAACCUGGGACUGCAAUUUAAUACAGCUGUUCUUUCCUCUGGUUCACUGAACCUUGGUUCUUCAAACGAUCUUCCGGUUGUUGGUGAUAUGACCCCAUCUCUAUCGUUUAACGAGAGAGGGCAUAUAUUAUGCAAUGGAGGAGAAUCUUCUGAGUUUCGGAGAUCACUUACAGGCUUGGAAACUCUUUCUCCAAUUCCACAAGUAUGGCACCCACAACCUUAUGAUGGCGUUUCUUCCAUUCCCACUUUGAUGGGACAAACCAGAAUGCAAAGCUCUCGUCUUCAAGGAGAAAAUGGAAAUGUCGAUGAAGAAGGCAAUAUUAACAGAUUUUUUGUUGAGAUUGAUAAAAUUCUGCAACCUGAGAACUUAUCCGCAUCAAUCAAUCCAAAGGGAAAACAAGAUAUGCAAAAUUCUCUUUGCUCUUCUUUUCCUGCUGACCACCAGAUAACAAAGACUACGAUUGGCUUGCCUUCUCUGCUGCAGAGUGCAUCACCUACUCCAAACAGUGGUUGCAAUGGAAUUGGGAAGCCUCGAGCAAGAGCACGUCGAGGUCAGGCCACUGAUCCCCACAGCAUUGCAGAGAGGCUUCGAAGAGAGAAGAUUGCUGAAAGGAUGAAGAAUCUGCAAGAGCUAGUACCUAAGUCCAAUAAGACUGACAAGGCCUCUAUGCUUGAUGAAAUCAUAGAGUAUGUCAAAUUUCUUCAACUCCAAGUCAAGGUACUUAGCAUGAGCAGGCUGGGGGCAGCAGGAGCAGUUGUUCCUCUCAUCACUGAUGGUCAAGCAGAGGGAUCUAAGGGUUUAUCACUUACACCCUUGGUGGGUCAUGGAGUUGAUUUGUCACCAUCUCCUGAUCAAGUUGUUAUCGAACAAGAAGUGGUGAAGCUCAUGGAAUCCAAUGUGACAAUGGCCAUGCAAUAUCUACAAAGUAAAGGUCUCUGCCUUAUGCCGAUUGCACUCGCUGCUGCCAUCUCCAAUGGAAAGACGUCGUCAUCAUCAGCUCCUGCUUCUGAGGAGAGGAAGAAAUUUGGAUUCACCAACAUUCCUAAAAACAAUGAUAUUAUUCACAACACCUGCAGCAGCAAUGGUCAUGUUCAAAACUGCAACUGCAGCAGCAGCAGCAGCAGCAGCAGCAGCAGUAGCAGCAGUGGCAGCUUGUCUGGUGAUGGGAUUCAUCCCAUGACCUCUGAUGGUAAUUUUAUGAUUGGAAAGAUCAGUGCUGGUAUUAUGGCCAAUGGUUGCAAUGGCACCUUCAAACAAGAGGAAGUGAACACUCUGUGCACUGCAAAAUGACUGAAUCCUAAACUGUAAACGGUGGGCUUGAACACUAAAACGUCAAUUAACUAAAAAUAUAUAUACUUAAUAUUUUAAACUGCCAAACUCUCCAUGUGUUUUAUCCACAUGUUUUGCCUUCUCUUUUUCCCUCUUAUAUCUUGGCAUGACAAGCAGUAUGAGAGAGUUGUGUUUGCAAAUAUGUACAAAGCAUGGACAUAUAAUGCUGAUCUCAU